CAGCCCACGCAUGUUAAAUCUCGUAGCCGAAAGCCCAAAACAAAAAGGGCUCAAAUAACAUCCCUUCAAUACGACAAUCGCUUUAAGAUCGGGAUCGAAUAAACCGACCGCUACCGCGUUUCAGCAGAGACCGCCGGCUGUCGUCUCCGUUCUUUCUCUUUGUCCAUCUCUACUCACAGGUUCGGAGAAGGAAGGUAAGCUAGGCUAACAGAGGAAUUGAUUGAUCGAUCGAUCGUACGGGCAAGCUGUUUUCAGUAAGUAAGCACCAAUGGCCAACGGUCAGAGUCCGGACUCUUCCGCGUUGCAAAAGUAUGGCAUCCCUUUCUAUUCCGCUGCUUGGGUUCCGUACAAGGAACUGAAAUCCAAGCUCCAAUCCGACGAUCAAGCUCGAUCUGAUGACAAGCGUGAAGACUCUAACAAAGAAUCUGCGACUUCCGCUCCGGCGGAUAAAGAUGGGGAUUCCGUUGAUAAGGAACCCUCUGCUGCAGAACCGCAGAAGGCCGAUGGACCUGCUGCGUCGGAGUAUUACGUGGUUUUGGCUGGUGGUGGCGGCGAAGGGCGAAGUGGCAUAGCAAAUGCUAUUGUGGUUGCUCAUUUCGAUUUCGCUUCCAGUACUCUCUCGCCGCAGCCCGUAGCUAAGCUGGUUCUUGGUUCUGAGUUGCCAUAUAGAAUGGCUGUUCACCCAAAAGGGGAUGGAUUAAUAUGUGCUAUGCAAAACAGUUGCAGGUUCUUUGAGUGGGAUGAGAUCGAAGAAAGUGAAACACGAAAACUGGAUGUCAAAGUUUCGGAUAAAACCCUGGAUCUGUUACAAGAUGUUGGACAACAAUUAGCAUUAGCCUAUGACACUGACAGUUCCACUCUUGCUGUCGGAGGAGAGGUAGAUUCUUGUUUUCUCCUUGUGUUUGUACAGGAGGGCAACUUGAGGAUUUUUAAAUGGCCAAGCAUGGAAGUGAUUCUGAAUGAGGAUCAAGCACAUUCUUCCGUGAAAGACUUGUGUUUCAGUCCUGAUGGCAAGUUUCUCGUCUCCCUCGGUAGUCGUGGUCCUGGGAGGGUAUGGGAUGUACCUUCAGCAAAAGUUGUAGCUUCGUUGCCAAAUGGAAGUGAUGAAGUGUUCUUCUCUUGUAGAUUUGCACAAAGUAGGGAUAAUUCUCUAAUACUGUAUAUUGCUGCCAUAACAGGUAAAGGUGGAAGUAUAGUGACUUGGAACACAAGUUCUUGGAAAAGGUUACGCUCUAAGCAUGUGGUUCGUGAUUCCAUUUCUUCCUUCAAUGUCUCGCCUGACGGAAGGCUCCUUGCAAUUGGUACAACCCAAGGGGACGUGGUAGUUGUAGAUUCAUCCAAGUUGGGAGUUCAGAUGGUGGUUAGGAAAGCUCAUCUUGGAUUUGUAACUGCGUUGGCCUUCUCACAUGAUUCAAGGGCUUUGGUAUCAGCUUCUAUGGAUUCCAGUGCACGGGUAACAUUGAUAAAGGAGAAGAAAAACGGAGGAUUAAGCUGGUGGAUCAUCAUUCUCAUCAUAUUACUUGCAAUCCUUGCAUAUUUCCUGAAGGAAGAAGGCCUUCUUCCUGACUUUGAUUAGUCGCUUUUUGUUGCGGUAACGUGAAGAAGGGUUUAUACAACAACACAAACAUUGCCAUGUAAAAUAUGCAGAAUUUUGUGCCUCUGUAUCUGUUGGACUUGACUAGGUUGAGUAACAGACUUUAGAACCCCCAACCCGACUAACUAUUUUGGAGCCAAUAAAGAAAAACAAAUAUGACUUUUUGACGAUGUAGACUGAUGUAUGUUCAGAAACAAGCUGAGUAGAACCCUAAAUGUGUAACUGCACUAUUUAUCCAUGAGCGGAUUUAUGACAAGCUUCUGCUUGACUGUUCCCUUUCAAGUUCCAAGCAGAAGGUCAUAUGGCAUUUUUUUUUUUUAAUAAUCUGGCCAUAUGGCAUGGUUAGUGUAAUAUCCGAACAUUUUCUCGAUGAAG